AUGACUACCACUCAAAAAUGGAACACAAUUCUCGCAAUCACUCAGCUGUUGGUGUGCCUCUUAGGAAUUAUUCUUAAUGGCAUCGUGAUGUUCACAAUUUUCCGAAAUAAGCACAGGCGGAUAUCAGCGCAGACGUAUCUCAUCUUCAGUAUUGCAGUGAGCGAUUUUCUCUCGUGUGCGUCGGCUGUUCCUCUCUCGAUAGCAAAGUACUUCUUAAAAGAAUGGCCCUUUGGUAAGGCUGGUUGUCAAGCUUACGCCUUUUUGAUAUUUUUACUGACCCUGGUUUCCAUUACUCACUUGGCCUGUAUUUCAGCUGGAAAGUAUCUUACUAUCACUAGAUCUCUUUCAAGGGACUCUUACUUUAACACGAAAAAAGUACUACUCAUAAUCUUGGCCUCUUGGAUUUUCUCACUUUGCUUCAGUUUGGCACCUUUGGUAGGAUGGUCAGGGUAUGGUUUGGAAGGAACAAACAUAACGUGCUCAAUCAAAUGGCAUUCAUCUCAUCCAACUGAUAAGGCAUACUUUGGAGUUGUCAUUUUUACCUGUUAUCUUUUACCCUUGGCUGUGAUCAUGUUUUGCUACUUCAAAAUCCACAAAGUUUCCAAACAUAUUAUACAAAAUACUCAUCAAAUGAGUGGGCUGGCCAUGACCGCCACGCAAGUGCUUUUGAAGAAGCAUCGCAAGUCAGCCAUGUACUUUCUCGCCAUCAUCGCUGCUUUUGUAAUUCCUUGGACGCCUUACAUCACAAUUGCCUCCCUUCUGGUGCUGGGUAAACUUAUCAAUCCUGUAGCUAUCAGUGCAAGUAAGGUUUUUGCAAAAGUUUCGUUUUUCUUAAACCCAAUGUUAUAUGCCAUUUUCCACCGCAGGUUUAGACGGCGUUUUAUUUUAUCAGUUCCUAGAUCGAGACGAGUUGUGGUGAGUCCUAUCGGUUUACCAUCAGUUUCGCGAACUUUAGCGCUUUGA